GUCGUCAUAUUCGCUGUAGCCCAACCGAUUAACGACAGAAGAACUGAUCCGCGUCUGUGGUGUUGUAGAUGUUGUUGCUUCGUGAAGCUUGUGGAGAGCGAUUGGGAGCAAGGUUCCUCCUCCACGCGUGAGGCUCAUCGAUUAUUCUCUACGCUCAACAUUCACAUAAUCGGCGACAGACAAAACAAGCAGAAAGAGCCAAUGUCAGUGAACGACAAGGCAAAUGCGCCUGGGCGACGGGCUCCUGGCCUGUAUGACUCGUUAGAAGCCGCCGUGGUUGCGAGCAAGGAUCCGGUCGCGUACUCGAGGGAACCAACGCAGUUGACCGAAGAGGACGAGAAGCAGAAGAUGCUGGCUGCAGCGCUCAAAUUUCAGCCUAUUCAUGCACGGUCUGGAAAAACAACCGCAGCACCAGCCGGCACCGUGAUCUCAAAACCGCCGACGCUGAUAAACCCGUCCGCGAUUCCGCGGCCACAUUCAAAAGUCACUAUUGAUUCAUUCACCGACAACAACAACAACAGAGCAGAAUCUGGGCAAGAGCAAAGUCGGCCGCGACGAACGGGAUACUACAAUCGCCGGAAAAAACAGCGGCUGGAAGAUGCAGAGAAAGGAAAGCUGGAUUGGGAGGAUACGUAUGAUCCCAUGCGUCCGAACCAGUAUGAGGAAUACAAGAAAAGCGAGGAGAAGUUCAUGGAGGAUGAGGAUUGGCGAAGUUAUCUACUUGAUUUGAAGGCGAGGAGAGAAGGAGCGGAUCAAGACCGACCAGAAGCAGAGUCGAGUCAAGAAGAGGAAGAAGAACAGCAACUGGAAGAGCGACGCAGCUUUGCUCCACCCACGACUUACGACGAUCCUGCAUCUGACAGCACAGGCGUCACAGUAUCUAAAGCUCCAGUCAUGUACCAACCACCAGAUCCCUCACCUCCUCCUCACUCACCACCCUCACCGCCCGGUCCCCGCCAAAAAUCCGCAAAGGAAACCUUUGCGCGACGGUUACUUUCGAAAUACGGCUGGACGCCGGGUACAGGUCUCGGCGCGUCCUCGACAGGAAUCACAAAGGCGCUGCGGUUCUCGGCGGAUAACAAAAAGGCAGGCCAUGGGAGGAUCGUGGAUAAGAACGAGAAACGGGAUGACGAGGGGAGGUUUGGCAAGAUGUCUAAAGUGGUCGUGUUGCGGGAAGUGGUCGAUGCCGAUGAGGCCGAUGAGGAGCUUGCGGGGGAGAUUGGUACCGAAUGCGAUGCAAAGUAUGGGACAGUCGAGCGGGUAUACGUCAACGAAGGCGGUGCUCCACGAGUCGACGUCUAUGUCAGGUUCACAAGCGAGCUUUCAGCAUUGCGAGCAGUGAAUGGACUCGAUGGCAGGCUAUUCUCAGGGACGAAUAUAGUCGCGCGAUUCUACGACGAAUACGAAUUCGAGCAAGGAAAACUACUAGGACCGACAGAUGACAAAAACAGUGGAUAGAUUGAAUGGAUAAAUAAUACACCAACAAAAAAGGAAAAGAACA